GGAUAGUAGAAGGGGUCGAUAAUGCAGUCAAUUUACUGGAUAAGAAGACUCGUUUUUCAUCGCAUAGCACCACCCGGCGAUAACUCCAAGUACUAAAUAAUAACCGGUUGUCGACCGAGUCUUCCGUAACCUAUAGAAGCAGAAGACUAAGUUUAGGGAAGGAUUGGUGUUCCUGUUUUCUACUGAUUUUAGAAAGUGAAAAGCUGAAAUUUUGAAAUGGAUGAGGAUAGUGAUCAGGAUCAUUUAUUAGAGGACGAUUAUUAUACGUUUCUGAAUAUCCCAAGAAAUGCAACUCAGGAGGAGAUCAACAAUGCAUAUCGCAGACAGAGCAAACUUUACCAUCCUGAUAAACAUGUGGACCCAGUGCAUAAGAAAGAAGCGGAGGUUUUAUUCAAUCGUACUAAAGUAGCUUACAAAGUUUUAAGUAAUCCACAUCAGAGAGCCAUUUAUGAUUCUGUGGGAAUUCGAGGGUUGCAGACAGAUGGAUGGGAAAUUGUAGAGCGUACUAAGACACCUCAAGAAAUCAGAGAAGAAUAUGAACAUCUUGCAAGAGAAGCAGAGGAGAGAAAAUUGCUGCAACUCACGAAUCCCACCACUACUAUUGUAAUGAAUAUCAAUGCUACGGAUCUUUUUGACAGAUACGAUGAUGAUUACGAAGAUAGCAGGAACAUACUUUCAUGCUUAGAAGUCAGUGGAAUGUCCUUUACGCAAUCCAUCGAGGCACCACUUACUUUACAAGAUACUGUAAUCAUGUAUGGUCAGUUAGAUACCCAAAAUGGUGUAGGGACUGGUUCUGUAAAUGUCGCGGCGAGACGGUUGCUUUCGUCAAAGGGCUGGGUAGAAUUAGAGUGCGGUGCUGGGAAUGGACCGAUGAUAAGUUUUAAGGGUUUCCGUAUGUUACCUCACAAAUUAAUGUUUAAUGGACAAACCAUAUUGGAGUUCACACCAGUGAAAAUGAAAGCCAAUCUUAUAGGCACUUUGUCGAUGCAGUUAGAUACCCACACUCUAGGGCAGCUUACAUACAAUGCAGGUCCAGAAAGUGCAAUGAGAACUGCCAUUGUAAGAGAUACUUCCAGAUCUUAUACAGCGUGUUCAAUACAGUUUGGUAUUCAACGGUCAUUUUUUAGUCUUAAUUACACCUAUAAAAUGGAAGAAAGAGGAAUGAAACUACGAGGGGGUGUGAAACUUGGUACAUUUGGAUUAACUGUGGAAUAUGGAGCAGAGAAAAAGAUUUCGCGGCACAGUAAAAUUUUUGCAACAGUAUGUGCGGGAGUACCAACGGGAGUUUCGUUAAAAAUUAAAUUAAAACGUUCCUUUCAAACAUAUUCAUUUCCUAUUCAAUUAAGCGACGAAGUUCUUCCAGCAACUGUGUUCUAUGCCACUGUAGUUCCUAUAGUCACAUGGGUCUUCGUAAAAAAGAUGGUAAUCGAUCCAAUGGUUAAAAAGCGGAAGGAACGUGAGAAAGAAAAAGAGAAGGAAGUGAAUAAAACAAGAAUGAUGGAGAAACAAAAGGAAGCAGAAAGUGCUACCAAAUUAAUGAGCGCCACAGUCAGUAGAAUAAGAGCUCAAGAAGAAGCAAAGAAAGGUUUAAUUAUUACCAAAGCUUUAUAUGGGCGAUUUGUUUAUCCUCAAGAGGAUCAGUACAAUUCAGAACAACCUAUACGGAGAGAUGAAGUAAUAGACGUAACUAUUCCUGUACAAUGUUUAGUGAAGGAUUCGAAGUUAAUUCUAUAUGAUGCAUCUAAGAGCGAGCUGCCAGGCUUUUAUGAUCCAUGCGUUGGAGAAGAGAAGCAAUUGUUGAUACAAUAUCUGUUUCGUAAUCGAACACAUGAAUGUAUCGUAAAGGAUAACGCACCAGUUAGAAUACCAUUACCAUCGCACAGAGUAAAUACUACAUGACGUAAGCAACAAUAUACAAUAAAGAAGUGAAGUCACCGUGAUUCGCGGUGAUAGUUUGUACCGCUUCAUGGAGUUCUUUUCAGUCAUUCUUAGAGUAAACUUCUGCAAUUCCUUGUUGACAAAAUUGAGUGUUCAUCAAUCAUUUAUACUUUGUAUAAGAAAUGUAUUUACUUGAAAUAGUCUGUAAACGUAAUUUUGCAUCAUAGAUGCAAGCGCAGUUGAAAAUAGAUCUCGAUUCACCAUAUAUUGCGAUAUUAGUGCCUACGAGAAAGUAAUUAACAGUUGUUGACUAUUAAUAGCAGUCAGAAUGAUUUCAUCUAUUCGAAUUGACUGAGUCAUUGUUAUAAAAAUUGAAGAAGGGAGAAAACUUGUUGUAUCAUUUUAGGAUAAACUGUAAUAGAUACUUCCUGCAUUAUCCUGUUCAUUAACAUCAAAAAAGUAAUCAUUUGAAAAAAGUUAUAUCUAUGGCAAUAGAAUUACACACUCAUAUUUUCGUGUAGUAUCCUGCGUUAUAGUUCGUUACUAUACAAAACAUUUCUUUUAGUAAAAAUAGUUUGUGUAUAUAAUUCUAUACAUAAUUUUCGAAAACUAUACUCGUACGUCCAUUUACUAAAAAUAACCGUACUGUACAAAUCAGUACUAAGAAAUGUAAUUUUACACAAAUUCGACUAGAAAAUUAUAUGAAGUCAUGUUCACUAUUUUCAGUCGAAUUUAAAAUUUUUCGUGUCUGCAUGCUGUAGCUCUAUGAAAUAAAACAUAUUAACUUAAAC